CAUUCAACUCCCUUAAACUCCCCAGCAAUGCCACCAAGGAUAUCUUUAGCACAUUACUUGCGGCAUCUAUGGAGAAAUCCAUGCCCCUUCCAACCGACCCAACCCCCAGACCUUGCGAAUCGCUGCCGGUCAUUCACCACUACCGUUCCAAAUGCAUUUGGUAAUCGUCCAAAAAGAAUCUCCUCCUCAGGUUCCCCCGAACUUCUUGAGGGCUCCAAGGCAGCCGCUCUCGAGCGCAAGCGACUGGCCACUCGACCCGGAGUCCUAGCCAUUAAAAAGGGAAUGACGGCCAUCUACAGACCAAAUGGUAGGCGGAUCUCCUGCACCGUCCUGCAGCUCGAGCGAGUUCAAGUCACGGCAGUUAAAACUCGUCAAAAACAUGGGUAUUGGGCAGUGCAGGUUGGCUCUGGCUGGAGAAACUCGCAGAAUGUGACCAGGCCAAUGUUGGGCCACUUUGAAGCGGGCGGUGUAGCUCCCAAAGAGCACCUACGAGAAUUCCGAGUUAAGGACGAAAAUGGGUUGAUGGAACCGGGGACUACUUUUUCUGCCGACUUCUUCAUAGAGGGCCAGUAUGUUGAUGUUAGAGCCAAUUGCAAAGGUCAUGGAUUCGCAGGAGUACGCCUCACCGAAUGCUGAACCUUGAGAAAACAUUGGCUAAUUUGUCGAUAGGGUAUGAAACGGCACGGCUUCGCCGGUCAACCUGCUUCCCACGGUAAUUCCUUGAGCCAUAGAAUCAUGGGUUCCGCUGGUCAAUCUCAGGGCGGUGGUUCCCGUGUCCUCCCCGGGAAGCGGAUGCCUGGGAGGAUGGGAGGUCACCGAGUCACGAGACCGCAUGUUCAGGUCAUGAAGAUAGAUAAGGAAUUAGGGACUAUUCUUCUCUUUGGUAAGUAAACAGCCUGGAAUAAGUCCCCUAGCAAGUGCUUACCGAUCCCCAUAGGUCCUGUACCUGGUCCAAAGGGCUGUACUGUCGCCAUCCAGGAUACUAUUCUCGGGCCUCCACCAGCUAUUCCUGAGGCGACUGCAGCUCCCGGCGAGUCCGCUGUAGCAGCAGCGUAAUUAUUAGGCUUAGCCAUGUACAGAAAAGCUCUCAAUAAAACACUACCCAGCCUGUAUCUGCGUCAUCCUCUGUCCCUUGUUCUCAAGAAUCGCAACUCCCUGCUCCCGCUUCAGACGCUGUGCUGACUGGUAAAUGUAUAACAAAAGAGUAAUAUGAUUACAUGUUCCUGACCUAUGAUAAUCUCAUUCAGGGCAUUGCGUCCGGCCCCUAAGUCGGUCAUUAUCAAUUUGAGGGUGCCUGACGGGCUUCCGCCUUCAGCUAUACCCAACCCUCUCCAAAUCCUGGCUUACUCCCAGCCAAACUUGCUCCCUUUUCACCACCGGUAUUCCGGCUAUGACUGCUCCUUCGUACACCAAAGGAAUCCACCCCCAGCUAUCAGCGAUCAAUACCUAUAACUUAUCUUCUCCCGAAGUUGCAUCUACUCCCAUAACGCACCCAAUGCCCAGUGAUGCAACGCCGCCAUGCCUAGCCCCAGACGGGAAACCCCGACCCCACCCGUAUAUAGGAUAAGGGCCUGUUCGGUUGCGACUCAUAUUUGAGAUGGCAUUCUUAGUGAGAAGCAGAAAAUCACAUUUUCCGAGGAAUUACCACAAGCCAGAUUUCUGUAUCCUCAGGUGUUCCGUAAGAGCUGGUUUUUUUCUUCUCAUUGUGGUUGUUGAUGAUAUGAGGUGUAUAAUUAGAAGAGGGUACAAAAAUUCUGCUCAGACCUCUUUUUUUUCAUAAUAUAGCAUUUUUAACGUUAAAGUAGCAUUUUUUAGAAAUCAAACAAUUAACGACCGAACACAAUUGCUAUUUCUAAGAUGUCAUUUG